AGAGACUCUCUUAAUUAGGAAACUGCGAGAGAACGGGAGUAAUAUGGAACACUACGACGGAAACACGGUGACCGUUGAUGAAGACUACAACAUGGGAUGCACGACGCCGACACGUGAUGAGUGUCGGAUACCAGCAUACCCGCCGUGUCCGCCUCCGGUGAGAAGGAAGAGAUCGCUACACUUUGGAGAAAAGAAGGAACCGCCGAAGAACGGAUAUUUUCAGCCGCCGGAUCUUGACUUGUUCUUUCUCGGUGGUGGCAGCCUCCAAACGGCAACCUAGCUGCACGGCUUAGAUUGCGAUUCCUCUUUUGACUUUUGACUUAUUAUUAUUAGCUAGUAUUAUAUAUGCUACCACUGCUAUGCUAUAUAUAUAUAUAUAUCGUCCCGUUCCUGGAUUGAUGUUGUAAAUGGGUUCGGGGUUGUUUGAAAACGGCUAUGUUAUGUAUGCGUAAUAUCUCCACACGUACGUCUUGGAAGCCUAGGCUUGACGAUUCAUAUUAGUGGUUUGGCUUUUGUGUGUGUGUGUGUGUGAUGUAUGCUGAUGUAAGAUACGCAAUACAAUGUUUGUGUAUGGACUUUUUAAUGAAACCAGUGUGGUUUUGAUGUGUUUCCUUUUUUGGUUUUUGUUUGUU